UACGGGAAACUGGCUGCUUCUGGUUUCAGCACUGAAAAUACAGUAAGACUAGAGGAGAACACAAAGAAGAGCUCUCGGACGCUUUAUGCUGUCGACGAUCGGAGCCAGAUCCCUUAGAAGAAGAGUUUGGACGGUAUGCAAAGUUGUGAAAUAUCUUCAGACAGCACUGAUGAUCCCCUCUGUAGUGGCUUGCAGAAAAAUCGACAACCUCGAAUAGUAGUGAUUGGUGCUGGCCUGGCAGGGCUUGCAGCGACUAAAACCCUCCUGGAAAACGGCUUCACCAAUGUCACUGUCCUAGAGGCAUCUGACCGCAUUGGAGGAAGAGUACAAAGUGUACAACUUGGACACGCUACCUUGGAACUUGGAGCUACCUGGAUUCACGGAGCCAAUGGCAAUCCUAUCUUUCACCUGGCAGAGGACAAUGGCCUACUUGAAGAGACAACAGACGAGGAGAGGAGUGUCGGCCGCAUUAGCCUCUACGCCAAGAAUGGCGUGGCUCACUACCUCACCAACGCCGGUGGGAGGAUCCCCAAGGACCUGGUUGAGGAAUUCAGCGAUGUAUACAACGAGGUCUACGAGCUGACUCAGGAGUUUUUCCAAAGUGGGAAACCAGUUGGUGCCGAGAGCCAAAACAGUGUUGGCAUAUUCACACGGGAUGUGGUGCGCCAACGCAUCAGACUGGAUCCAGAUGAUUCAGAGAUCUCCAAGAAGCUCAAACUCGCCAUGCUGCAGCAGUAUUUGAAGGUGGAAAGCUGUGAGAGCAGUUCCCCCAGCAUGGACGAGGUCUCGUUGAGCGAGUUCGGGGAGUGGACAGAGAUCCCGGGAGCCCACCACGUCAUCCCCAGCGGCUUCAUCAAGAUUGUGGAGCUCCUGGCACGAGAUAUCCCCAAGAGGGUCCUGCAGCUUCAAAAGCCCAUCCGCUGCGUGCACUGGAACCGGUCAGUGCACAAUGAGAUCGCAGAGAGCGAAGACCACAACAGUGACCACCGGUGCCAGGGCUACCCCGUCUACGUGGAGUGCGAGGACUGCGAGUUAAUCCCUGCUGACCACGUCAUCGUCACAGCCUCACUGGGCGUCCUGAAGAAAAGUAAUGAGGCCCUGUUCAGCCCUGGACUGCCUGAGGACAAGGUGAUGGCCAUUGAGAAGCUGGGGAUCAGCACCACUGAUAAGAUCUUCCUGGAGUUCUCAGAGCCCUUCUGGAGCCCAGAGUGCAAUAGCAUCCAGUUUGUGUGGGAGGACGAAGCACUGCUUGAGAACCUCACCUACCCGGAGGAACUCUGGUACAAAAAGAUCUGCAGCUUCGAUGUUCUGUACCCACCUGAGCGCUACGGUUACAUGCUGAGUGGCUGGAUUUGUGGCGAUGAGGCCCUCACCAUGGAGAAAUGUGAUGAUGAGACCGUAGCAGAGACUUGCGCUGAACUGCUGCGGAGAUUUACAGGGAACCAAAACAUUCCGAAACCUCGUAGGAUCCUGCGCUCAUCCUGGGGAAGCAAUCCGCACUUCCGCGGGUCCUACUCCUUCACGCGUGUGGGCUCCACCGGGACUGACGUGGAGAAGCUUGCCAUGCCUCUGCCUUACACCGAGAGCACAAAAGCACCUCCUCUGCAGGUGUUGUUUGCUGGAGAAGCGACCCACAGGAAGUUUUACUCCACUACCCAUGGUGCUUUGUUGUCUGGUCAGAGAGAGGCUGCUCGCCUCAUUGAGCUGUAUCAAGACCUGUACAGUGCAGAAACUGCUAAGCCUAACCUUUAAAGAACCACGGACUAGUGAUACAAUUGUGUGUCUGAUUUUAUCUUUUUAUAUUUAGUGGGACAUCUUUUUUUUUUUUAUUCACUU